CUACUAUCUAAUAUGACAGACUGUCCCAUCAACUCAUUCCAUCCAUACUAUUAGCCUGACAGCGUCAGAGACAACAGUUGCAAAUGGCAGCUAACACCAGAUACGAGCCUGCUCCGCAGCGCGACUCCUUCGAGGAGCGCGCCUAUCCUCAACCCCCGCCGUCUUAUCAGGCAACGGCCGACUACUCGCAAGCAGCGCCACGCAGCGAGGACGACAAUGUUCCUGAUGAUUUCAAGUUCGGCGGCACCGUCGCGGAGGGCACCUUGCCCAUCCGUAUGCAGUUCAUCCGGAAGGUCUAUUCCAUCUUAACGGCCCAACUCCUCCUCACCACCAUCCUCAGCUCCAUCUCCUUCUUCUCCCCCAGCUACCGCCUCUGGAUCCAAUCCAACUUCUGGCUCAUGAUGGUCUCCGUCUUCGGCGCCCUAGGCUUCAUGCUCGUCACCUACUGGAAGCGCAAAUCCUACCCGGCCAACCUCCUCUUCCUAUCCGGAUUCACCCUCCUCGAAGCCUACUCCAUCAGCGUCGUGACCUCCUUCUACGACGCCCGGCUCGUCAUCCAAGCCCUCAUCCUCACCCUCGGUCUCUUCGUUGCUCUCACCCUCUUCGCCUGCCAGACCAAGUACGACUUCACUAACUGGAUGCCCUACCUCUUCGGUGGUCUUUGGUUCCUGAUCUUGUUUGGCUUCGUGGCUGUGUUUUUCCCUGCGAAUAGCACCGUCGAGCUGAUUUAUGGGGGCCUUGCGGCGCUGAUUUUCUCGGCGUAUAUUCUUGUUGAUACCCAGUUGGUGAUGAGGCAUUAUCAUGUUGAGGAGGAGAUUGCCGCGAGCAUUUCGCUGUAUUUGGAUAUCUUGAAUCUGUUUUUGGCGAUUUUGAGGAUUCUGAAUAGUCAGAAUAAUAACUAGGUUGAUCAUAACCUGGUGGUUGUUUUGAUGGGCGAUGGAGGAAAGGUGGUAGUGGGGUUGGGGUGGAUUGAUACAGAUUGUGCUACUUGCUGGUGGUGGUGGUGGUGGUGGUGGUGGUUGUUGAGAAAUCGCAGUGAGUGAUCGUGAGAUGGACUGGACACUCUUCUGUGUUGAUUCGGUGAUAAAUACCUCGCCUGACUUGCUUGUAUUGUCUAAUGAUACUGUACUCAUCGAUUAGUAUUAGUUGCGUUGAUCUUUGUUUACUUCUCUUCACUCGUUCAGACAAGCCUGUUUAUUAACAUCCAUUCUAUAGUUGCAAUGACC